UGCAGUGGCACAAAGAAAUGUGGGGGUAGGGCCCAGGCGGUUGGGCCCGUGCGAAGGCGAAAGUGUGCCGCGUAUAUAAGGCCCAGAACCGACGGCAAUCAGCAUCCAGUUCACUCCUGGACUCACCCAGACCAUCGUGAACGCAAAUAUGAAGAGCCUGCUAUUCGUAGUGCUACUCGGUCUCGCCGUAGCGGCGUACGCAGAGGAGGCUAAGGAGGCUAAGGAGGCUAAAGAGGCUGAGACAAAAUCUGUGGAAAGUUCAAAGAAGCAGGAGAAACGCGGUAUCUUCGGCGACGGCUAUGGUUACUCCUACGGUGCCGGUAGCUACGACAUCGGAGGUGGACACGGUGGCGGACUUUCGAUCGGAAGUCUUUCUCACGAUGGUGGAUACGGCGGAGGACACGGAGGACACGGAGGAAUCGGUGGCUACAGUAGCGGAGGCUACGGCGACAGCUACGGAGGAGGUUACGGGGGUGGUUACGGAGGUGGUUACGGAGGUGGUUACGGUGGCGACGAACACCACCACAAGACCGUUACGAUCGUGAAGAAGAUCGCCGUCCCGUACCCGGUUGAAAAGCACAUCCCUUACCCAGUGGAGAAGCAGGUACCGUACCCAGUCAAGGUACCGGUACCCCAGCCGUACCCGGUCGAAAAACAGGUCCCAUACCCGGUGAAGGUUCUCGUCAAGGUUCCGGUUCACAUCCCCCAACCUUACCCCGUUGAAAAGAAGGUACCAUACCCAGUUCACGUACCAGUCGACCGUCCAUACCCCGUCAAGGUUCUCGUUCCCCAACCGUACCCAGUUGAAAAACACAUCCCGUACCCAGUCAAGGUUCCAGUACCGCAGCCGUACCCGGUCGAAAAGCAGGUGCCAUACCCCGUCAAGGUACCGGUCCACGUACCUCAGCCGUACCCGGUCGAAAAACUCGUCCCCUACCCAGUCAAGGUUCACGUUGACCGUCCCUACCCGGUUCACGUACCAAAACCAUACCCGGUAACCGUUGAAAAGCACGUGCCCUACCCGGUUGAAAAACCAGUGCCCUACGCAGUCAAGGUACCGGUCGACAGGCCGUACCCGGUCCAAGUUGAGAAGCACGUACCUUACCCGGUAAAGAUUCACGUACCCCAACCCUACCCGGUUGAAAAGCACGUGCCCUACCCGGUUGAGAAACCAGUGCCCUACGCAGUCAAGGUACCGGUCGACAGGCCGUACCCCGUUCACGUAGAAAAACACGUGCCCUACCCGGUCGAGAAGCACGUACCGUACCCAGUCAAGGUUCCCGUACCAGUUCCGGUUCACACUGACCACGGAUCCUACGAUCAUGGAUCCGACGGUGGCUACGGAUACGGCGACGGCGGUUACGGAAGCAGUUACGGAUACCAUCAUUAAACGUAGCCUCUCUCGUUUAAUUCACCACAAAAUAUAAACGUUCGCAGCAGCUAUCGGCGUUACUUUUGAGGUAUCUCACGAACGAACGAAGAUAACGAGUCCUUGAAUCAUUUUACGCUGAUUUUAUAUUGUUGCUUAAUCGGAGCAUGUGUAAUUCAUGUAACAGAUGUGAAUCGUUUGUUUUCCACUCUCUUAGAUCGUUGAUAUCGAUGCUCCGAUCUGAAACAUUAUACAAUUAUCGUUUUUUUCGUAAGACAACUCGAGAUUUUGCCGAAAGUCAGGCAAGACCUCGAGUUAUGUUUUCUUUCUCUUUUGUUUCUCGUUUUAGAUAACGUUAUUGUAAAAUGAAAAUGAAUUAAGGAUUAUUAUUAAGUGUAACGCAACGCGCGCAAUUUGCUCUGUACCAAACGAAGGAAAAAGAACAAAAACCUCAAUCCAACCAGCACUCUGCUUUAUUGUAUAGUGAAAUAUUUUUUAUACUGAAACUGAAAAAAAUAAAUAUUUUUUUUUUAAACCAA